AAGCUUACUAUAAAAAUGAAAGUCUUGGUACUUUGUGUUUGUGUUUUAGCACUUGCAUCAUUUAGCUCAGCUGCGACAAGAGUACAAUUGAAAAAUGCCAUAAGAGGCAGAAACUCUGCUAGUAUUUGUCUGGAGCAAAAUAACAUGGCGCCGAGUGAGUGGUAUACAGCAAGAGACAUAGCUCUUAAUCACCAUACGGAACCCGAAAAUGAAGAAAGAACAAGAAAAAAUGGCUGCGCUGUGGAAUGUAUUUUUAAAAAAAUGGGGAUGAUGGAAGGAAGAAAUUUCGUUGAUGAAACCGUAUACACCAAGAUAGAGAGGGAAAUUGAAAAUUCAGCUGAACGACCUGUAGUACAUCGAAUUUUAAAUAAAUGCCUGACAGAAGCAAGAGAUAUUACGGAAGAAUGUAAGAAAGGUUUAGCUCUAUAUGUCUGUGUAAUGAAGUCUGUGCAUGAAAUAGAAGAACAUGAACAUCAUGAACAUGUACCAGAAGAUCUUACUAUAAAAAUGAAAGUCUUGGCACUUUGUGUUUGUGUUUUAGCACUUGCAUCAUUUAGCUUAGCUGUGACAAGAGUGCAAUUGAAAAGUGCGGUAAGAGGCAAAAACGAUGUUCACAUUUGUCUGGAGCAAAAUAACAUGACGCCGAGUGAGUGGUAUACAGAAAGAGACAUAGUUCUUAAUCACCAUACGGAACCUGAAAAUGAAGAAAGGACAAGAAAAAAUGGCUGCGCUGUGGAAUGUAUUUUUAAAAAAAUGGGGAUGAUGGAAGGAAGAAAUUUCGUUGAUGAAACCGUAUACACCAAGAUAGAGAGGGAAAUUGAAAAUUCAGCUGAACGACCUGUAGUACAUCAAAUUUUAAGUAAAUGCCUGACAGAAGCAAGAGAUAUUACGGAAGAAUGUAAGAAAGGUUUAGCUCUAUAUGCCUGUAUAAUGAAGUCUAUGCAUGAAAUAGAAGAACAUGAACAUCAUGAACAUGUACCAGAAGAAGAUGUUUAAAACGCAAACCAUCAAGGUAGUCAGACAGAUAGUAAUCAAGAAGGCAAUCCGGAGCAAAAAAAUGGAUAUAUAAUAAUUAAACAUACAAUUACAAUUACAAACAUACAAUUAUACAAUUAAACAUUGAACUAUUCGUUUAUUAUAAUUAUCACUGUUAAUCUGUAAACCAAGAUGAUAUAUUUCAAAUAAAGAUGCAUACGGUGCAUAUUG